CUCGUUUGAUGCUUGAUAAGUGACCGUACCCGGCUACCGAACAAAAGUAUUACAGCGUCGGUGAAAGCCAGGAACAUUUUUAUUGCGCUAUAUUCUGCAAGUGCUUCAUUCCGUUGUUGGCGGCAAGUCGAUAGUGCAUCGGAGUAAUAAGAUUUCACCUUCCUUCGUGGUUCCGUUUUUUGUGUGUGUGUGUUCUAAACUUUGCGCGAGUAACCAUCGCCCAUUUUGAACCGCCCAAUGGCUCUGUACAUGCCCUUUGCAACCUUUCUGGCCGUCAUUUGUGUGCAUUUGGUGGGAGUGGAGAGCCAUGCAAAAACGUGUUACUUCGGUCCUCCUCCGGAGCCAUCACCGGGAGAAGACUGGAUGACAGCAGCGAUGCGAGAGAUACGCAAACGUUGCCCUGGCCAGAUCAGCAGUAAGACAAUUGACAGUGGGCCCGUUUGCUCUGAGGAGGGCCCUCUUGGGAUGAAGGAUGGGCGUAUCCCUGGUGACAGCAUCACAGCUUCGUCUUAUUAUAGCUCUCAGUAUUAUGGAACCGACGCAUCGCGGCUGGAUCACACAGCUUCUUGA